AUGACCGCCAUUAAUACUAUCACAACUCCAGUUCAAACUCAACCUACUGGUAAAUUAAUCAUGAGAAAGAACAAGGAAGACAAGAUUGAAAAGGUAUUCCAAUUAAUUAAUUUCGGAGUCUUGAGCAAGACUGUUGGAGAAUUUAUUCAAGAUUUGCCAUCAUCUGGUGAAGCAUCAGCAUCCACUUUCAAGAUCAAGGCUAUUGUUCCAUCUUCUGAGAAGAGAAGAACAAUUCUUAUAAACCAAUUCUUUUCAGAGAAAUUGAAUCAUGAAAAGAAGGAAAGAAAGGAAAAGAAAGAAAGAAAGGUCAAGCCUAAAUUGACUGAAGAACAAUCUCAAAGUCUUUCCGAAAAGAAGGAACAAGUUGAAUUAUUGAAAGAUGAAAUUAAGAUGAAGAAGGAACAAAUCAAGACUAUCAAAUUUGAAAUGAAAUCUUUGAAAAAGUCAUUCCAUCCAGUCAGUGUUAACAGUGACUCAAACGUUCCAUCUGCUAUUGAGUCAUCUCCAACCAAGGAAGAAAGACUUAAACUCAAACUUCAAAACAAGGAAGAAAAACAAGCUUUGAAAUUGGCCAAGAAAAUGCUCAGAGAUCAAUGUAAGAUUGAGAAGAGGGAAAGAAAGGAAAGAAAACUCUUUUUGAAGCAACAAGAAAAUGCUAAAACUAUUCCAACUCAACAAGAAGCAACUCAAGUUAGUGAACCAACAGCUCCAGUUAAUGUAACUGUAGAGCCAGUUAUCUCUGAACCAGUUCAAGUUGUCAACAAUACUGAUGAAAAGCUUUCAAUGAAACUCCAAAAGAAAGAGCAAAAGCUAGCCAUGAAAAUGGAAAAGAAACUUGAAAAACAAUUAGUCAAAGCUCAAAGAAAAUUGGAAAGACAAGCUCAAAAGCAAGAGAGAAAGGAAAGAAAAUUGUUGGAAAAGCAACAACUUUCCACUCCUUCUCAAAAUUAA